CUCUCCUUAUCGAUUCCCAACCUCCAUCGACGCCCAUCCUUUCUUUCAUUCAGGUUAUGAUUAUUUUUUCAUUUCCACUUUGAACCACUUAUCGGCUCCACCACCGUCACAUCGUCGGAGAAGAGCCUAUUUUCUCUUCUUCCCCCGGUGCAAUGGCGUCGAAUCUCCCCAUCCCUAUUCCUCCGCGCACUCCCACUCCGCCCCCGGAUGAUGAUCCUACUACGAACCGCGUGCCUACUCAUGAUCGCCUGUCCGUUGAUGCUGCUUCCGCCAACAAAGACUCCCUGUCGCCAUUGGUAGACACUUUCCCCCCAAGAAGCCCUAGAGAUGCAGAAAUCCGUGAUCGCCUGAGUCCAACCAAGUCAUCUUUCAGCACGAGUCCCACAGACAGCGCUGCUCAGCAUGGCUCGAGCGAUCAUGGCUCGUCGGGGCCAUUCAAUUUCCAAACGACAAGCAUGGCUAAGAGUCCAGUCGUGAAGUCGAAUAUUGGUCAACGUCGCGGACAUAAAUACAAACAUAGCAGUAUAUCACAUCAGAUCUUCCUUGAGCCUCCCCCGAGAGCACCUCUAGCCCUACCAAAUUCAUUGCCUAUACCAACCUUGAAAGAAUAUCGGACUAGCAUGUCAAAAGAACAAAAGACACGGUUCUGGUGGAGUGUUUGUCACAUGUUCGUGGCUGCGUACACACUCUGGAGUGCCCAUGGAUCUCUGGCCAUGACGGCGUUGUCUCACCUUAUCUUGUUUGAUUCCCUCGGGGCACUGCUUUGCGUGGCGGUGGAUGUUCUGGGUAAUUUUGAGGUAUGGAAAAGGUCUAGCAUUCGGCAUCCUUUUGGGCUGGAACGUGCCGAGGUCCUGGCAGGGUUCGCGAUGUGUGUCCUGCUUCUCUUCAUGGGAAUGGACCUCAUCUCCCACAACCUGCAGCAUUUUCUGGAAUCCUCGGGCCAUGAACCUCACCACUCGCAUCCACACGAUCGUGUCUCCGUGGGCAGUGUCGACAUCACUGCCGUCCUUGCCGUCUCCUCAACGUUGGUCUCUGCAAUCGGAUUGAAGAAUCAUGCUCGUAUUGGAAAGGCAAUGCAAUUUGCAUACAUUGAAUCGCUGCCGUCAGUUCUCAGCAACCCGUCACAUUUCCUUACCCUAUCUUGUUCUACUCUUCUCUUGAUAUUGCCUCUGGUAUCAAUCAAGCUUUACGGCUGGCUCGACGCACUUCUGUCUGGAACCAUUGCUAUUUCUAUGUGUGUGCUUGGAACCCGGUUGGUUAAGACACUGGGGUCAAUGCUUCUGAUGUCCUACUCCGGUCAAGGAGUUCCUGACGUGAUCCGGGAUAUUGAAGCUGAUCCCGCCGUUUUUGGAAUCGAUGAUGCUAGAUUUUGGCAAGUUCACUACGGAUUGUGCAUGGCUAAUCUAAAACUUCGGGUGUCUGGAUCGGAGGAGAAUAUUGUUCGUCUUCGCGAAAGAAUAUCUAGCCUGAUUAGAAAUCGGUUAGGUGGAGGCUAUGGUACUGGCAGUCAAAAGUGGGAGGUAUCUUUGCAACUUUCCGUUGAACGGACGUGAAUACCCCCUUCUGCAGUAUUUUAUUUAUUUGCAUUUUAUUUAUGUAAAUGUAUGUAAUUAUGAUUUCUCUGCCUAUAUUAAUCUGAGAACAUGAUCUUUGAUGUUCUUCUGUGUCCUAUAGUUACUUGGAUGUGAUAAUACAAGCCAAAACAAAUCAAGACAUCUCAUCGAUCACCAUAAUAAUAAGUGAACAGAAUGAUGAAC